CGUAACCUUCUAGCCUACAUGCCCCACAAUCCUCUUUGCGCUGCUUUUCAUAUUGCCUACCUCCAAGUUCCUCGAAAUUGUUUUCUGUUGGAAGGGUAUAAGCGGCAGAGGGUGGUAAUAAUGUUCUUUCGAUGAUUCUUCGAUUAGUUCUUUAAUCAUUACACCAAGAAUAUUUCAAUUUAACGAGCGACUACAGUUAACUGAUUAUCGCCGAUCGCAUAUUUUGUCAUGCAAGAGUCGAGAUGGCGAUGUCUGUGCCGGAGCUACGAUAGACCGCAGCCGCCUCUACACAGCCAGGGUCUCGUCCUAGCGUUUGCCUCCCUGUGUGGGGUGUGAAUCAGGAGAGGAUUUGUCAACGCAGCCUACGUUUAAACCUAAAAACGUCGGAGGUUCGCCGUGAGCAAAUAACUUGAUGGAAGAAUUGAAAGGAAAAAAUGGUUAAUUUAAUUUUGGCUGCUACUCGCAAUAAACCUGGAUAACACAAGGAGCAUCUCUCAACUAAGGAAUAAAGCUUCUUUUUGGAUUGUUGUCGGGUAUUUCCAUAAUCGGAUGCAUUUUGGGGUAUCUGAUCCUAUGCAAGAGUGUGAAUACAGCCAGAUCAGCACUCGCAGCUCCACACCAAUGGAGUCCCCGCAUAAGAGGAAGACUGUUAAGAAGAAGUGGCAAGUUUUCCCUGGAAGGAAUAAAUUCUAUUGUGAUGGCAGGAUUAUGAUGGCAAGGCAGACUGGUGUCUUCUACCUAACCCUUGUUCUCAUCGUCCUCACAAGUGGACUAUUCUUCCUAUUUGACUGUCCAUUCUUGGCACUUACUCUCACGCCAGCUAUCCCUGUGAUUGGUGGUGUGCUGUUCUUCUUUGUGAUGGGGACAUUGCUCAGGACCAGCUUCAGUGAUCCCGGGGUCCUCCCCAGAGCUACCCCAGAGGAGGCCGCAGACUUGGAAAGACAGAUAGAUAUUGCCAAUGGUACCAGCUCAACAGGAUAUAGACCUCCACCAAGGACAAAAGAAGUCACUAUUAAUGGGCAGACAGUGAAACUCAAGUACUGUUUUACCUGCAAGAUCUUCAGACCGCCGCGUGCCUCUCACUGCAGCCUUUGUGAUAACUGUGUGGAACGAUUUGACCAUCACUGUCCCUGGGUGGGCAAUUGCGUUGGAAAGCGAAAUUACCGGUUCUUCUACAUGUUCAUCCUGUCGCUGUCGUUUCUGACGAUCUUCAUCUUUGCCUUCGUCAUCACACAUGUAAUCAUGCAAUCUCAUAAAAAAGGGUUUCUCAGCGCACUCAAAGACAGUCCUGCCAGUGUGCUGGAGGUUGUGGUGUGCUUUUUCUCUGUAUGGUCAAUCGUGGGACUCUCUGGUUUCCACACCUACCUAAUUGGAUCCAAUCAGACCACCAAUGAAGAUAUAAAAGGGUCAUGGUCUUCAAAAAGGGGGAAAGAAAAUUACAACCCUUACAGCUAUGGGAACAUCUUCACGAACUGCUGCGCAGCUCUCUGCGGCCCUCUUCCACCCAGUCUCAUUGACAGAAGAGGCUUUGUCUUGCCAGACAUGCCCCAGCCUGUGCCACCUUCCAAUGGUGUCACUAUGUAUGGUGCCACUCAGUCCCAGACUCACAUGUGUGACCAAGACCAGUGCAUUCAGAGCACCAAAUUCGUUUUGCAGGCUGCUGCCACUCCCUUGCUGCAAAGUGAGCCCACAGCCGUGGCAGCCGAGUCCUCUGUCCCAGGCCGGACCACACUGGGAGGUCCCUGCACGUUGCUUCCUCUAGGCCAACCCACUCCACCAACCUCCACACCCAACUUGAGCUGUGAGCCAGAGAUGCUGAGCCAGCCCGCACCAGAAGCCCACCAUCAUUUCCUCACACCCGAGGAGGCCCCCUCACCCCCCGGCAUGCUGCCCUGUGGUAGCCCCCUGGGCCAGAGCCACACCAUGCCUUUCUACAACCCUGCCAGCCAGGACUCGCUGCAUGAGGACUCAGUAAGAGGCCUGGUCAAGCUAAGCUCAGUUUGAAUGGACUCAUGAGCUUUUAUCAUCGUCCGUCCCUCAUUCAUCCCUUUAAUCUGUGCCAAGACCCUGGCAGCUCCUCACCAUACCAACCUCCUCUCAGUGAUAUGGAAAUCUUCAAAUCUUGGGUCACAGGCCUCAGAUUAGGGCCAGAACUGAAUCCCAUCCAGACUGCAAUCUGUCCAACCUCUUAGUCACCAGGGAGCUGCCAAACUCAAAGAAAAUCUCUUUGCUCCUCUUGUCUGGAUGCACAACCUAAUGCUCUGAAUGCUGGGUAGCUAUCAAAAUAAAGGGCUGUUACCAGCCUGUGUGCAUCUUCCCAAUUAAGAGAUGGUGUUACAGUUCCUCCUGAAAAGCUGCUUUACAUGUGGAUUGGUCUUUGUUUUGGUUUCAUUUUUUCUUUUUUGUAAAUUGGAUGCCUGGUGAUUUGAGAAUGGACAGUAUUUUGACUUUCAUAUUGAUUGAUUUUUAAAAAAAAAAUUUUUUCUGACAGUUGAUAAUCUGAGUUACUGUCAUCAUGUUGCAUAUCAGUUAUUUUUUACAUAAAGAAAGGAAUAUGGUUUUGUGUUGUGCCAUAUUGUUUUUUCCUCAUUAAAUUAGUAUAUUUACUGUGGAUAUUAAUAAAUUCCCAGAGUUUUUAUGGGAUUCUGGAACAGAUGUUCAUGCAGCAUGUUCAUGCAAAUCCAUGGAUUAAAUCACUUUGGUGUCGUAUGCUGCAAAGUUAUCUCCUCCUGGCAUAACUGCGGUGUUAUCUUGUAAUUAUUACCUAUGGUUGUUAUCCACCAACAAGACCUAUAAUACUGUGUCAUGAAAAGAUUCACUGCCCAAUAAAAACUCAAAUUCACACAA